UCUGAGCAAGACACUUCAAAAUACGACCACUUUUGAGAUUUAUUUGAAUAUUGAUGGCCUACCCAUUUUCAAGUCCAAAAACCUCACAAUGUGGCCACUUCAGUGUGCUGUCAUCAACAUUGAUGAAGUGAAAAACAGUCCUUUUGUUGUUGCUCUGUUUUCUGGAGCAAAGAAACCAAAUGAUUUGGAGUUUUUGGGGGAUUUUAUGGAGGAGCUGCAAGAACUGAUGGAAACAGGCUUUAAAGGGAAGAGAAUUGUCCUCAAAAACAUCAUAUGUGAUGCACCAGCAUGAGCCCUAAUCAAAGGAAUAGUUCAGUUUAAUGGCCGCUAUGGCUGUGACUUUUGUGAUGUAAAGGGAGUUCAUGAGAGCAAAAUGCUUUUUUUGUAUAAAGGAAAUCUCAGAACCAAUGAGUCAUUUAGAAAGAAGACAAAUCCUGAACAUCACAAAACAGAUAGCAUUCUUUUGAAUCUGGACAUUGAUAUGAUCAGGCAGUUCCCAAUAGAUCCCAUGCAUUGUGUAGAUCUAGGAGUGACUAAGCGAAUGUUGAUGCUGUGGAAAGAAGGACCUUUGGCCCAUAUAUUAUCAGCUGGACAUCUUAGCACCAUUACUUAUUUUCAUCAAGCUGUCCGACAUCACAUACCUCCUGAAUUCAAUAGGAAACCCAGGGGGUUAGAUGAACUGAAGCACUGGAAAGCAACUGAAUUCCGAACAUUUUUGCUUUAUACUGGACCAGUGAUUUUGAAAUAUGUUCUCGAUAAGGAGAAGUAUAUUCACUUCCUUUCACUUACUAUUGGAAUGCGCAUCUUGUACAGUGAAAACCUAAUGGAGCAUCGUGAUUAUGCAGAUGAGCUGUUAACAUAUUUUGUUGAAAAAGGUAGCAGCCUGUAUAGCAUGAGUUUCAUCUCAAAUAAUGUGCAUUGCUUGCUACAUCUCACUGAUGUUGCAAAUUACAACAGAUCAUUACACUAUUGUUCAGCGUACAAGUUUGAGAACAAUAUGGGUCAAAUCAAGAGGUUUAUCCGUGGUUCAAGUGAUCCACUGAUUCAAGUAGCUAACGGAUUGGCAGAGAGGCAAGCAAUAUCAAGUUCUAAGAAAUCAAAUGUUAACUCUGGUACGCCAAAGACAAAAGAAUGUUACAGAAUGACCAAUGAUAGCUACUGCCUUAUACAUGGAGUUCAAGAAAAUCUGAUUUUUUGUGAGGUUUUUUGCAGAAUGGAACCUUUGUACACUAAGCCAUGUGACUCCAGAAUAAUUGGCCUAUUCAAAGGAUUUCGGAAUCACACUAAAAUGUUACAUACUGACACCACUCAACUGACACAUAAAGCAAUCAUGAUACCUUUGUCAUUGAUUGAUAAAGAUGAAUACAAUGCGGUAGCACUUAUACCGCUCAUGCAUUCAGUUUGAUUAGUUAGUCAAGUAAGUUCCGUAAGGCAGGGUUUUUGCCUUUUUUAUUGCAUGUUAUCCUGAUUUUGAUCCAAAGACUAUGAAUAAUGUGUGUGUGUGUGUGUGUGUAUGUGUGUGUCUGUGUGUGUGUGUGCGUGUGCGUGCGUCUUUCAGUAUCGAAUUUGUUUAUUCGGUGAUGGACAGACAUCUGUUGUACCAAUCAGUUGGAUUUUUGAUGACAAUGGAACAUUGAAGUGUCUAUGGACAUCAUCACUCUCAAACAUUAAAAACAAUUCUCCACCAAACCCUAACUGGAAGGUUUAUGACAUUGUGAAGAUUGUUGGACCAUCAAUUGGAGACUAUGAUCAAGCAAAUCAAUACAUCUCAGAUUACACAACGGGGGUCUCAGCAGCAGAGGACUCAAUUACUUAUUCAAUGACAGACCCUGCAGUUGUGGAAUUACCUGAGAAGAGAAAAAGGAAAAAUAAGCUCUGUGAUGAAAGUGACAUCAAUUCAGAGACAUCUUCCUGUGAAGAUGAUAUGAACUUGAAGCAGUCAGGAAAUGAAGUGAAGGAAUCUGGUCUGAAGUCAAGAAAUGUCCCACUGCCCAAACCUCCUAUAUACCAUGAUACUCUUCAGAGAAGUGGGAAAAAAGAUGAGGAUGAUCCCAAGCCCACAAGCUCUGAUGUCUCAGAAUUUCGUGAUCUUCAACAACAUCACAUGACUUAUAAAGAAAUUACAGUGCAAACCAGGAUACCAGAUGAUGUGCAUUUAAAGAAGUCAAGAAAUGCAAUGAAGCGAGCUGGUCUGAAGACAAAGAAUGUUCAGCUGGCCAAAACUCCCAGAUACCAUGGUGACUUUCUGGAUGAUAACAAUGAAAGCCCUGAUGACAGUUAUUUAAACUCAAGCCAGCCCAACCCAGUAUUCUUAGAUACUCUUCAGGGAAAUGUGGCAAUGCAUGAGGAUGAUCAUCCCAAAAGCUCUGCUUCUUCAGGGAAGGAACCAAAGGAAACAAAAUGCAAAGUCACCAUGGAGAAAUUGUUUGAUCUGAAUACUAAGAUACUCCAACAAAUUCAAAUGCUGGAACAGAGACAAGCUGUCAUCAUGAAUGACUUUGCAAAAGUUAAGUCUGUUCUCAUGAAGCGGGCAGAAGAAGAUGCCCAUGAGGAACUUUUUAAACAACAACAGUGCUCCAGCUUUGAAACGUUUGAAGCCUUCUGUCAGAGGCUUGAAGAAGACAAAAAUUAUCGAGAGCUUUAUGUACACUAUCUCAUCCAUACUCACGGCAGCUCCAAUAUAGAAUGUGUCAGGUCUUUUCACAAACAAAAUGAAAUAGAGGUGAAGAAGCUAAAAGUAACCACCAGAACAACACCAGACGCGGAAUGUAUUCGCCAAGUAGAAUUUUUUUUGUCCAACGCCAACACCAGGCUGAAAAGGAAACCAAAUAAAGGAAAAAGCUGACUUUUUGUUUGAUUGUUUUUAUUGAUGGAAAUAAAGAAUGUGGGUGUAAAAGUUUGAGUUAACUGAAUCAUUUUAGAUAACAGUGAACUAACACAAUUAUUGCAUAGUGGUGUUAUAUGGUGAUCUCACAGUAUGAGCACACAGUGAUCACAGUAUGAGCACA